UUGUCAUCUGGAUGCACAAGAAUUGCGACGACGAGUGCACUGGACGCUGCCGGGACGAAUGGGCAUCUGGACGUUGUGAAAUGGCUGCAUGAACAUCGCUAUGAAGGCUGUACAAGUGCUGCCAUGGACGGCGCGGCUAGCAACGGCCAUUUCGAAGUAGUCACCUGGUUGCACGGGAAUCGCAACGAAGGGUGCACGACUGCAGCAAUGGAUAAUGCCGCCAGCAACGGGCACCUCAACAUGAUGGUGCUCAAUUGGCUUCAUAGGAACCGGUCGGAGGGCUGCACGACUGCGGCGUUCGACGGUGCUGCGAAGAACGCUGCAAGCCAUGGUCACCUGGACAUUGUCAAGUGGUUGCACGAAAAUCGCAACGAAGGAUGCACCACCGCUGCAAUGGAUCGAGCGGUGGUUAAUGGCCACGCAUCUGUUGUCCAGUGGUUGCACGAAAAGCGCAGCGAAGGGUGCACUACUGCCGCCAUGGAUGGCGCUGCUGGCCAGGGAUCCCUUGAUGCAGUCAAGUGGCUGCACACGAAUCGCUCGGAAGGGUGCAGCACUGCUGCUAUGAUGAAUGCUGCAGCGAACGGGCAUUUGAACGUCGUAAAGUAUCUGCACACCAAUCUCAGCCAACCCGCUUCGAAUGCAGCCAUUGCUGCAGCUGCGGAGCACGGUCAUCUAGCUGCCGUUCAGUACUUAGACGAACACCGAUCCGAAACUUGCUCAGCAAAAGCGGUACUUCAAGCAAAGAAAUUCAAGCACCACAAAGUAGUUGAGUUCUUGAUGCAACAUGAAGACUGUCGACUAGCCUACCAGGGCGACGUGGGUGAUCAACAUGGUGAACAGAUUCCGGAACCCCAGGUAGAAAGCGCCAAUUCUCCGGUAGUUGCUUGCACUAGCGGUACUACACAAGGCAGCCAAGCUGGCGACGUUGACAUCGAAGCACGGCUUCGAGCCGAAGUGGAGGCCAGCAUCCGCGAGGAAAAGCAGGCCACGAUCCGCGCUGAAGUUGAAGCAAGUUUCCAAACGAAACUGGAGGAGAUGAGAGCGAAGAUUCGAGCUGAAAUUCGAGCUGAUGUUGAGAAGAGGAUGCGAGAAGAGAUAGAGGCCCAGCUACUGGCCGACCUUGACGAUCUGUAGUAUAGUAACAACCAGAACAUUGAAAGAAAAAUAUCAUCAACUAUUCUACCGUUGUUG